CCAAAAGCAUACGAAAGGAACUGCGCAGAAGGCGUCGUGUGGAUUAAAAAUUCAGACAUUCUUCCCUUUCUGUGUUAAUCAGUGAACAUGGAGAAACUGACGAGGUGUUUCAUGUCGGUGCUGCUGCUGUCUGCGGUGCUGAGCUCUGGUUUAACUGAAGAGAAGUUUUUCGGUGAAGGAGGUACACUGGAGAUGAGGCCUAACUUCUCCGGUGAGAUCAACACUGUCAAAUGGAAACUAAACAACGAGCUGGUGGCAGAAUGGUUGAAAGCGAUAAAUGCUGUAACGUACUACGGUGUGUUCAAAGGCCGAACAACCCUGGACAAAGAAACUGGAAUAUUGAAGAUCACAAAGAUGAGUCCAGCUGACAGUGGGGUGUAUACAGUGGAAAUCAACAACAUGGUCCUGCCUGAGAGAUAUUAUGUAAAACUGAUCAAGGAGGUGCCUCAGCCUGUUCUGGUGUUAAGACCACUGACAUGUUCUCGUACAUCAGACAGCUGCAUUCUGGUCUGUGAGGGAAAGCCUGACAACGCUGUGGCUUUGGCUGAAGCUGAACUUGUCACCUACAGCUGGAAGAUGGGAGAAGGAGAGUGGAUCGAUGGGGAGAAGAUUAGGACCAUCACCAAUGAUAAGGAGACACAACGUGAUAAAACAUUCUCCUGCCGGAUGAAGAACCCGAUCAGUGAGAAACAAAGUUACCCCAUAGGAAACAUUUUCUACAGAGAAGAUCCUGCAGACUUUGAACAGUGGAUUAAACUUUUAUGGACUGUCCUGAGAUCUCUGGGCUUCUUAUCUCUCUGAGGUGUUGUUGUGUUCUUUAUGUGGCAAAAAAAAUGUAACGAAGCAGAUUUGUUCAUGUCUAAUCAGAAAAGGUGAUGAUGAGGAUGACAUGGAUGAUCACUUUCAUUUCCUGAUAAAGCCGUCAGUCCUCCAGUCAGGGAGGUAAUGUGUUGUGAUCAGCAGUUAAAUAUAUAUAUGUA